AUGUCAUCACCACUCUUUCGAGCAAAGGACAUCGGCAAGAAGAACAGCGAUGGGACAUGGCUGUUCCGCAAUAUUGACAUCGACUUUAGUCAUGGAGUCAUGACCAUCACCGGGCCAUCUGGAGUCGGAAAGUCGACCCUGCUGAAGUGUAUCAACCAGACGAUCGUCAUGGACGAAGGACAAGUCUGGCUCGACGAUAAAAUUGGUUUCAUCAGUUUCCUGGACGAGGUGAUAAGCAAAAUCAUGUACAUCCCCCAGCGGACCACCAUCAUGGAGAGCACACCCCUCGACUUUCUUGAAGAAGUGCGAGCCUUCUCGACCCACAAGCGCAACAAGGAUUCCUAUGAUGAUCCCGUCCAGAUUGCACUCGACUGGGGCAUCCGACCGCAUCUGUGGCAUAAAAAAUGGAACACCCUUUCAGGAGGCGAGAUGCAACGGAUCUCCCUUGCCAUCGGCUGUUCCUUCCGCCCCGAGAUCCUCCUCCUCGAUGAACCAACAUCGGCAUUGGACGAGAUCUCGUGCGAAAAGGUCGAAAAGACCCUUGGGCAGUUGAACUGUCUCUGGGUGACACAUAACCCCCAGCAAGCACAUCGGAUCAACAGUGCAGGAGAACUCGUCAUGCGUGGAGGCGAUAACCGAGAGCCGCCCUUGGAGGUCUCUAUCGACGACGGCAACAACAAUAACAGCAAGAAAAAGGAUGGUGGUUGGGGUCAGGAUGGAGAAGGAGAAGAGAGCCAGGGAAAGACUGCGGGAGCAGGAACACAAGGAGAGGCUACGCAGGAGUCGUCAUCGUCGUCGUCCGCCAAGACAAUUCAAGCUGGGAGACACUAG